CACCGGUUGUCAGAGCAACACCCUACCGCCGCUGUUGAGUUACAUUAGCAAGUAUAGCCAUUUAUAUCAAAGGAACGUGGUAUCCGAGGGAAUUGCUGCAACUACUCAGUUUGUUACUUUGGGUAUAUAUCUUUGUCCAACGAGUUAUAUAACAUGUUGACUUGCAUCAGUCGUUUCACCACCAUUGUGGUGAAUAGGAAGACGUUUGAGAAAGUCAUGCAGCAUCGAAUCGAUUGCUGAGAAUUCAGUGUUCACGAGAUCUUUCAAGAAAACGCAAUGUCCAUUUUCUAAACGAACGAGCCCUGUUGCCUUUUGGAUGCACGUAGCAACAUACACCAAACAGGCCUAAUCAGAGACCUACAUUCCAUGCCUGUGGUCCCGUGCUAAGCACUAAAAGCCAGCCAAUGAUGCUAACCUUCACCACCCAUGAAGCAGAGGACGAAGCCUGUUGCCGGGACUCCCCGCAGAAACCUAGACCUCAAUUCACCCACUCAUGCCUGUGAUCCCUAUCCCUCGGCGAGUGCGCAGCUUCCAUGGCCCCCACACCACCUGCAUGCACUCGGCCUGCGGGCCGGCGCGCACCACCCAGCUUGUGCGCACCAAGUACAACAACUUUGACCUGUACCUGCGCUCGCGCUGCAUGUACGGCUUCCUGCGCUUCCUGCUCUACUUUGGCUGCAGCCUUCUGACCUCCCUCCUCUGGGUGUCGCUGUCUGCUCUCUUCUGCCUGCAGUACGUGAGCGCGCGCCUUUUCCUGCGGCUGCAGUACAAGCUGUCCGUGAUCCUGCUGUUGCUAGGACACCGGCGCUUUGACUUUGGGGUGCUCAACAACCUGUUCAUCUACAGUAUGCAGGUCACAAUGUUCCUGGUGGGAGGCCUGGGCUGGUGCUUCUUGGUGUUUGUGGACAUGUAGCGUCUGGUUACAACAGACCAUGGAUCACUGUUUUAUGCCAAUGUCAGACAUCCACCUGAGUGAUGCACGGCAGCCAUUUUGUACCAAAACGCUACACACAGCAGCAGUUGUGAUGAAGGCGUGAGGAUGACCAGGAAUAAAAGGUGGACAGAUUAUAUAGUGCAGGUAUUCAUGAAAGACCAGACAAUCAUACUUUUUUUCACAAACACACACAGAAAAGUAUGUGGACAGCCCUUCAAAUGAGUGGAUUUGGCUAUUUCAGGAUCACCCUUCACUGACAGUUGUAUAAAAUCAAGCACACAGCCAUGCAAUCUCCAUACACAAACAUUGGCAGUAGAGUGGCCUUACUGAAGAGCUCAGUUACUUUCAACGUGGCACCAUCAUAGGAUGCCACAUUUCCAACAAGUCAAUUCGUAAAAAUAUUGCCGUGCCAGAGCUGCCCCGGUCAACUGUAAGUGCUGUUAUUGUGAAGUGGAAACGUCUAGGACUUAGCCACGAAAUGGUAGGCCACACAAGCUCACAGAACGGGAUCGCUGAAGCGCGUAAAAAUCAUCUAUACUCAAUUGUAACACUCGCUACCGAGUUCCAAACUGCAUCUGGAACCAACUUCAGCACAAAAACUGUUAGUUGGGAGCUUCGUGAAAUGGGUUUCCAUUGCCGAGCAGCCACACACAAGCCUAAGACCACCAUGUGCAAUGACAAGCGUCGGCUGGAAUGGUGUAAAGCUCACCGCCAUUGGACUCUGGAGCAGUGGAAAUGCGUUCUCUGGAGUGAUGAAUCACGCUUCACCAUCUGGUAGUCCAACGGACAAAUCUGGAUUUGUCGGAUGCCAGGAGAAGGCUACUUGUUCCAAUAGUGCCAACUGUAAAGUUUGUUGGAGGAGGAAGGAUGUCCUGGGGCUGUUUUUCAUGGUUUGGGCUAGGCCCCUUAGUUCCAGUAAAGGGAAAUCUUAACACUACAGCAUACAAUAACAUUCUAGACUAUUCUGUGCUUCUAACUUUGUGGCAACAGUUUGGGGAAGGUCCUUUCCUGUUUCAGCAUGACAAUGCCCCCAUGCACAAAGCGAGGUUCAUACAGAAAUGGUUUGUCGAGAUUGGUGUAGAAGAACUUGACUGGCCUGCACAGAGCCCUGACCUCAACCCUAUAAAACACCUUUGGGAUGAAUUGGAACGCCGACUGCGAGCCAUGCCCAAUCGCCGAACAUCAGUGUCAGGCCUCAUAAUGCUCUUGUGUCUGACUGAAAGCAAGUCGCCACAGCAAUGUUCCAACAUCUAGUGGAAAGCCUUCCCUGAAGAGUGGAGGCUGUUAUAGCAGCAAAGGGAAAACCACUCCAUAUGAAUGCCCAUGAUUUUGGAAUGAGAUUUUCAUUGAGCAGGGCCUGUCCAGGAGAAGGUCCGUGCCCAAUGCUGCAUUCGUAACCAAGUGGGAGGUGUGAAUCAACCAGUUGUGAAGUCGUAAAUACCAGUUGGAUGCAUUCACAUGCUUUGAACUUGUUCAGAAACGCGAUUGGCUAAUGGCCAACAAACUGUGUAAACCAUAAACUAAAAGUGCAGUUAUCAUGCUUGUUAACAAAUUAUAGUGUUCAAAAACCAUAUUAACAGAUAAUUUAUAAAAAGCAAUGUUUUUGUUGCAUUUAACUGCAGACAAUUCUGUUAUCCAGGUCAUUUCCAGGUAAGUGACGUCAGAGGUCAGCAUGUGGGAGCUCAGGAUGAUGGACGAGUUUCACACUAGUAAUUAUCAGUUAGAGGCCAUUCAAGUGGAUAUUUCUCCAGUAGUGUGUGGUAAAUUCCCACUUCCCACUUGGUUACAAAUGGAGCACUAGUUAGUUCGUCACAGCUUCUGUUUCAGUACUUAAACGGUAAGAGAGCUCAGUUUCCACCAUACUGCUUUCUCUAGUCAGUCUGUUUCAGAUCAGCACUCAAUAUUAAGGAAAGGAGUUAAAACCAUUUGAAUGAUUUGGGACAUGCCCAAGACUUUGGAUGAACCCAGCUCCACACCAACUCAUUCAAGGGUUUUUCUUUAUUUUUACUCUUUUCUACAUUGUAGAAUAAUAGUGAAGACAUCAAAACUAUGAAAUGACACAUGGAAUAAAAAAAAGUGUUAAAACAAAUCUAAAUCUAUUUUAUAUUUGAGAUUAUUCAAAGUAGCAACCUUUUGCCUUGACGACAGCUUUGCACACUCUUAGCUUUUCUCAACCAGCUUUCAUGAGGUAGUCACCCGGAAUGCAUUUCAAUUAACAGGUGUGCCUUGUUAAGUUCAUUUGUGGAAUUUCUUUCCUUCAUAAUGCAUUUGAGCCAAUCAUUUGUGUUGUGACAAGAUAGGGGGGUAUACAGAAGAUAGCCCUAUUUGGUAAAAGACAAAGCCCAUUUUAUGUCAGGAAAAGCUCAAAUAAGCAAAGAGAAAAUACAGUCCAUCAUUACUUUAAGCCAUGAAGGUCAGUCAAUCCGGAAAAUGUCAAGAACUUUUGAAGUUUCUUCAAGUGCAGUCGCAAAAAUCAUCAAGCGCUAUGAUGAAACGGGCUCUCGUGAGGACCACCACAGGAAAGGAAUACCCAGUGUUACCUUUGCUGCAGAGGAUACAUUCAUGACAGCUCUGCAUACUCUUGUUAAAGGGUGGCCACUUUGAUUCAAUAAGUGUUAUUUCAUAGUAUUGAUGUAUUCACUAUUAUUCUACAAUGUAGAAAAUAGUAAAAAAAUAUUUAAAAAAACCUUGAAUGAGUGGGUGUGUCCAAACUUUUGACUGGUACUGUAUAGACACAUUUCCCUAUUGUGUUGUAAUAGUUAUUUUACAAUAUUGACUUGUAUAAGGAUAUACUGUACAUUAGGAUACAUUCUAAAAGGUAUACAAUAAUAAUGACAGUGUGAUUUGAACCAUUACCGAUGACUUUAUAUAACCAGUGGGCAUAGUAUACACUGUGUUGAUAUGCACACAUUCAAAUAUGUUUAAUGAUUUGUGGGACUAUUUUCUGCCUCAUUUUACAUAGUUAAGAUCAACUGCUUUAGGCUUUGAAAAGCACAGUUAGUUAAGGCUUAAGGGCAUGGUUUACAAACAUGAAAUAUAUCAGCUUUUAUGGAAAUACAGUAUAUACUGUAGUCAUGGAUAGACUGAGGCAUGUCAGUGAAUGUAAAUCAAUUUUGUUUUCUGACAUUAGGGGGUGGUAUGUGGAUUCACUACAGUAAAACGGAUACAGUAGUUAGGGGACAGUUGACUUGAGGUCAUGUUAUGUUAUGUAGCCCGCAGUCGGUCCCCAAAGUUAUAAACUACAGACAUACACGUCAUGCAACAGUCGUCGCAUAGGCCACGUGAGUUAACCGUGCAUGUAAAUGCUCUCCAGAGCGCACCCCUCAUAGAGUAAAACAAUUCACUUGGUCAAGUAUAGCUGCUUCCUUUGUCCUGAAUUCUGUCAUAUGAAUACCAUUUGGUUUGGAAAUACGCAUUUAAGACUCAUCAGUGUAUCGAGUUCGUGUAAAGGUGUCAACUAAAAGCGUCCAUGUGAUCGGAAUUCACACCCCGCACAAGGACUAGAGGCACGCAAAGAAGGAGAGAGAUGGGGGGCGAUCGUUCAAGAUAGGAGAGCGAGCGAUACAGUCCUUGGAGCUAGCAAUCGAGGUGCACUCGGGGCCUGCCUGUGCUACAGACGGCCACGGACCCUGCAAACUUUACAUCUGAAGAAAUAACGCUGUGCGGAGUGCCGACUACUGACUACCCUUUUAUGGAGGACCGACAUACCGGGUAAACAUUCGCCUUCAACUUGGUUUGAUAUACACGCCUAUAGUGUUUAUUUAACGCAUAUGUUUUUGCCAUGUUUUAUUUCCUCGUAAUGUAGAGUUAAUCUACCCAUCUUUCAUAUCCAUCGCUUGAUAGCCUACAUCAAUUAUCGGAUGACAUAGCGACAUUGACAUAGGCUAAACAUAUAUUUCACUUUAAUAGUUUUGUAGAAUAACAAUUUCGUAGAUUUUGAGGUUUUGUUAGAAUCAUGAUGUUGAUUUAAUGCAACUGAAUUUCCGAAAAAUAUAACCCUCAAAUAGACUACAGGAAUUUGUGCAGAUGUUUUGAAAUGUUAUGAUACUUUGCCAAUUAACUGUAUGAAAUGUAACACUUUUUAUUAGUCAACAAGAUAUCCUGCAAUGUUUCAAACAGGAUGAGUGGCGAAAGUGGAAUGAUAUCGGUCAUUGCGUCAUUAUCAAGUUCAACCAAAAACGCACCCCUGUAGGCUAUAGGCAUUAUACAACACAUGUAGCCGCCUAACCAUAGACCCACACAUAUGUUGCAUACCAUGUAGCCUAUUCAUAGCUGUGGAUCUUAAAGUUAUGGUAUCCAAAUGAGAGAGGCUACAGUAACUCACUGCAAUCAGACCGGCAUAUUGUGUGCUAUUAAUAUAGGCUUCAACCACCUUAUAUAUAUUAGUACUUUUAUGUCCUCAGUGCUAACUUAACAUGUUAAGUCAUAGUGUACAGAAAAUCAAUCUAUACCUGUCAAAGCAUUAGGAGUAGACUAUAAAGGUUUCAGUUUAGAGAAGUGCUUAUAAAUGUAUCCAAGAUGUUUUCUUGUAAUUCUAUCUGAUACUGUAUUAUGGGUCUGUACUCGUUUGAAUGUGCCUGCCUUAUUCACGUGUCUCCAUAGGAUACUUAUAAAUUAUGUUGUUUGUGAAUAAAUGCAUAGUACAGUUUAUAUAGUCCAUUAUUGAUUCAAUGGAAUCAAUAGGCUACAUCCUUGCUAUUUGUUGGCUAAAAAUUGCAGAAUUUUGACAGAGUCCCUGAUUUACAACCAUUUACUCUGACAGUACCAUACUGGAUCAGUGCUUCUAUAUGACCUGGGGUCUGACUUCUGUGUUACUGUCUGCAUCCCAUGAAACCCCUGACAUGUGACUACACACAAUGCCUACUGUAUUGUUUGGGCCUUGCGUGUAGCUCGUGGCAAUUUCUUCAUUUCCUGCUCUCACUCUCUCUCUCUCUCUCUCUCUCUCUCUCUCUCUCUCUCUCUCUCUCUCUCUCUGCUGUCUUUCUCUAUUUUUGUCUCUCUCUCUCUCUCUCUCUCACACACACACACACACACACACACACACACACACACACACACACACACACACACACACACACACACACACACACACACACACACACACACACACACCACACU